UCCCACAAGCAGCCGGCGACCAGGGGCUGCCGACUCCGUCUUGUUUAGGAAGCGGCCCUGUUUUUCACACCGCGCAGGCGUGCCCCCUUCUCGUUGCCGCAGCGAAGCUUGAGUGGGAGGAGGCUCGGGGCUGCCUGCCUGCCUCUGCUUCGGUCACCCGCUCAGCCCUGCGCCCCGCAUCCAUCCGGAGCUUGCAAAGUAGCAACAGCAGCAGGAGGUGGAGGAAAGGAAACAGCCGCCUGCCUUCUCUGCGGAAGCGAAGCGCUCGGCUUGCAAGGGCCCUUAACAUCUGCCCCAGCCCUCCUCCUUGGCAGCAAAGCAGCCGCUGCUGGGCGAGCCAGGAUGGCCGUUCCGCUGACCGACAGCGAGAAAAGGAAGCAGAUCAGCGUGCGGGGCAUCGCCGGGCUUGGCGAUGUGGCCGAGAUCCGCAAGAGCUUCAACCGGCAUCUGCAUUUCACGCUCGUCAAAGACCGGAACGUGGCCACCCCGCGGGAUUAUUAUUUCGCUUUGGCACAUACGGUCCGAGAUCAUUUGGUGGGACGCUGGAUCCGGACGCAGCAGUAUUAUUAUGAGAAGGACCCCAAGCGUAUUUAUUACCUAUCUUUGGAAUUCUAUAUGGGCCGAACACUUCAGAACACGAUGGUGAACCUGGGUUUGCAGAAUGCCUGUGAUGAAGCAAUUUAUCAGCUUGGAUUGGACCUGGAAGAGCUCGAAGAGAUUGAAGAAGAUGCUGGCCUUGGCAAUGGAGGCCUGGGGCGUCUAGCAGCUUGCUUUCUCGACUCUAUGGCAACGCUAGGACUUGGGGCCUACGGCUAUGGCAUCCGCUAUGAAUUUGGCAUUUUUAAUCAGAAGAUUGUUGAUGGCUGGCAGGUAGAAGAAGCUGAUGAUUGGCUACGUUAUGGAAAUCCUUGGGAAAAAGCCCGCCCAGAGUACAUGCUCCCUGUGCACUUCUAUGGCCGAGUGGAACACACUCCAGAUGGCGUCAAAUGGGUUGAUACUCAGGUAGUACUUGCCAUGCCUUAUGACACACCUGUUCCAGGAUACAAGAACAAUACGGUCAACACUAUGAGACUGUGGUCUGCCAAAGCUCCCAAUGACUUCAACCUUGAAGAGUUUAAUGUCGGUGAUUAUAUCCAGGCCGUGUUGGACAGAAACUUGGCUGAAAACAUCUCCAGAGUACUAUAUCCAAAUGAUAAUUUCUUUGAAGGGAAAGAGCUGCGUUUGAAACAGGAAUACUUUGUGGUAGCAGCCACUCUCCAGGAUAUUAUACGACGAUUCAAGUCUUCCAAGUUUGGCUGUCGGGACCCCGUCAGAACCUGUUUUGAAACUUUCCCUGACAAGGUUGCCAUCCAGCUAAAUGAUACCCAUCCUGCCCUUGCUAUUCCUGAGCUCAUGAGAAUCCUUGUUGAUGUUGAAAAAAUGGAUUGGGAUAAGGCUUGGGAAAUCACAAAACGAACCUGCGCUUAUACCAACCAUACGGUGCUGCCUGAAGCCCUGGAACGGUGGCCUGUCUCUAUGUUUGAGAAGCUCCUGCCAAGGCACCUGGAGAUCAUUUUUGAGAUCAACCAGAAACAUCUGGAUCACGUGGCGGCUCUUUUCCCGGGAGAUAUUGACCGCCUCCGAAGGAUGUCUGUGGUUGAGGAAGGUGACUGCAAGAGGAUCAACAUGGCCCACCUGUGUGUUAUUGGUUCUCAUGCAAUCAACGGUGUGGCCAGGAUCCAUUCGGAAAUUGUGAAGAAUUCUGUGUUCAAAGAUUUCUAUGAGCUGGAGCCAGAGAAGUUUCAGAACAAGACUAAUGGUAUCACUCCUAGGCGGUGGCUUCUGCUAUGCAACCCAGGGCUCUCUGAUGUCAUUGUGGAGAGAAUUGGAGAGGAUUUCAUAACUGAUCUGAGCCAGUUGAAGAAGCUGUUGGAUUUUGUCAAUGAUGAGGCCUUUAUCAGAGAUGUAGCCAAAGUUAAACAGGAGAACAAGCUGAAGUUCUCUGCUUACUUGGAAGAACAAUACAAGGUGAAGAUCAACCCUUCCUCAUUGUUUGAUGUGCAUGUCAAGAGGAUUCAUGAGUACAAGAGGCAGCUCCUCAAUUGCCUACAUAUCAUCACUCUCUAUAACCGUAUUAGAAAAGACCCCAAAAAAUCCUAUGUGCCAAGAACUGUUAUGAUUGGAGGAAAGGCUGCUCCUGGCUACCACAUGGCAAAAAUGAUUAUUAAACUGAUCACAUCCAUUGGGGACGUUAUCAAUAACGAUCCUUACAUAGGAGACAGACUGAAAGUUAUCUUCUUGGAGAACUACAGAGUGUCCCUUGCUGAGAAAGUGAUUCCAGCUGCAGACCUAUCUGAACAGAUCUCCACCGCUGGAACUGAGGCUUCAGGAACAGGAAAUAUGAAAUUCAUGCUGAAUGGAGCCCUCACCAUUGGAACCAUGGAUGGCGCCAAUGUGGAGAUGGCAGAGGAAGCCGGAGAAAAGAACCUCUUCAUUUUUGGCAUGCGGGUGGAGGACGUGGAGGCCAUGGAUAAGAAAGGGUACAGUGCCAAAGAAUACUACGACAGGAUCCCAGAGCUCAGACAAGUUAUUGAUCAAAUUAGUAGCGGCUUCUUCUCACCCAAUGAUCCCGGUUGCUUCCGAGAUGUUGUCAAUAUGCUGAUGUACCAUGACAGGUUUAAGGUGUUUGCUGAUUAUGAAGCCUAUAUCAAGUGUCAAGGACAAGUGGACCAGUUGUUCAUGAACCCCAGAGAGUGGACUAAAAAGGUGAUCAAGAACAUUGCAUGCUCUGGCAAGUUUUCCAGCGACAGGACAAUCACGGAAUAUGCCAGAGAAAUCUGGGGAGUGGAGCCUUCUGCUGUGAAGAUUCCCCCACCCAACAUCCCCAGGGAGUAAUCAGCUGCAGAGAUGCAUGCAGACACUCUGGGCGGCUUGCCACUGAGGAGCUUCUGCUUCCCCACAGAUUUUCCGCAGAUGACUUCAACGUGCAUUUUACCACUUGUCAAUAGUCUCAUAUUUAUAAAAGACAUGGAGGUUACUUGAAGUGAGGAUGGCUGGUCCUCCAGCUGAGGGUGGUGGUGAUGGGAGAAGAGAUGUGGGGAAGUGUUGACCAAAAUCCAGCUUACUAUUGGGAGGGGGGAGGACAAGAUCUGAAGCAAGGAGCUCAAAUCAGAUUGAGCAAUUCUCUGUGUUAAUGCUCACAUUUAACCAAUCCAGUUUAUUUGCAUGUGUUUUAUGUCAAGAAGGUACCUAAAUUUUCAGACUCUUACGUUCACCUCAAGUCCUCCUGCUUAGUAACCAAGGAGUUUCCUAAGUCUAUUUGGCUGUAGUGGGUUGAAUUAUUCCCUCUGAAUAAACAGGUGCUACCCUCUGGGGGAAUGCUACCAAAAGAGAGCCCUUUUAUGACACCCCCACCCACCCCCAAGUACAUUUUCCCAGUUCCUUGUCAUGGAUUUCUGUUCCAUCAGUCGUAAACCCCUGAUGACCACAUGUGGUUCUCAUUAACCAUUUCAGUGAGCAAUUUGCAUGCACUGUAAUGAAUGAUGUUAUUAAGAAUAUUUUAAAAUUAAUUCCUUGGAAGAGUUGGCCAUGAGACAUGUGAAUAGCAUUCAACAAUGUUAGCAUGAAUGAUGUUAAUAUUGUUGAAUGCAGAACAGCCCAUUGUGGCAUUAUUAAUGAAAGGCUGCACACAGAAUACACUGUGAAAGCACAAGGGCCUUCUCUUGGCACCAUCUUUGUAAGGCCAGACCUACACCAUUUAUGACCCAUAAAGCUGAACAGAACCCACCAGACCUGUGUUACAUGAUCUGCCAUGUGCUUGACUAUCCCAAGGUGAGCAGUAAAUACGGGAUGUUCAUUGUGUAAGCUUCAUUUGACGUGGCAACUUACAAAUGGAACAGCCCUUUCAAAGUAGUCAAGGAAAGUUUAUUAUAGUCUCAUUUCUGCUGUAGCCAGAAGUUUGACCUUGUAGCAAUCCUGUCUCCAUUUCCAACUCAGUAGCCUUCAUGUCUCAGCAUGUCUCACAUUCCUACCUUAAUAAAAUAAAAAACUCCUGCUACUCGAAACAUUUGAAGUUUUAACUUCAGGUAAACAUUUGCUUUAUUUUGUCUGUAUUUGUUCUCCCAUGUGAGCUGGUAACUGAGCAGAUGACUGACAUGUCAGUAUAUAACUGUUUGGGGAAAUUUGCAAUUUGGGGGAGAUUUUCCCAUUUGUGCCUAGACUGGCAAUGUAAUUUGCACUUUUUAAAUGUAAAAUGCCAGCAUCUGAAGUGCAGGUCACAUGGAUCUGCUGUCCUAUGAAAUUCUAGAACCAGAGAGUUCAUUAAAAAUUGCUAAAUUUUCUUUUUCAACUGUUGGGAAUUACAUCUCGCUAGUAUUAGUUUGAGGAAUUGUUGAAAAACUCAUGUUUUCUUUUAUUUCUUCUUAGACAAAUGUCUCCAGGUGACAAAUCUGUACCUGUGUUAAUGGAUUGCAAUUAUGUACAUUUUGAACAGGAGGUUGGCAUGCUCAGUAGAAACAACAAUCACCUGUUCAGUAGGAAAGUCUUAUCCACAUGGGUGACCUGCAUUAUCAGAAAUGACCAUGAUGAUUCUGUUGGGAAGCCCACCUAAGAAUUCAAAUGCUCCCCUGUGUGCUGAAUCUUAUAAAUCAAUUACCAUGUGUUAAUAAAGAAAAAAACAACACCCAACUAGCUUUUUCAGCCAUCUGACAUAGCCCCAUGGGUCCCCUUCUGCCAUCUACAGUGCUCCAUAAGUAUCAGUAAAAUGAUGUAUUUCAUCCCUUUCAACUUCUGUCUUUGCAUGAAAAUAACUAGCAACAGGUAGAAACUAAAGGCUGGCUCAUUCAUACCUAUGACUUCAUUUCUCUGCACUUGUUUUCUGUAGUCCGCUGAUGGCUGGAAAUUGAGCUGAGUCAAUUGAAAACUAUUGCUUUUGAGGAAUGACCUCUCUAUGGUGUAAUAUUUGUCUUGGACCAUUUGCAGAUGUAGAUCAUUUGAUGUUGUAAUCAUCCAGUGAAAAAUAGGUCUGUGCAAACAUAGCCAAUAGACAUUUGAGACAAGGGCUAGCCUUAAGCAGGUAGGCAUUUCUGAAGCCACUGCUGUGUUUUGCAGAGCAUUCCAUUAUUGUUCCACAACCACUGCAGGGCUAAGUACUGUGCUUUGUUCCAGGCAAGUCCACCUCCUCUGUCCUGAUGAGUUGCACUCCAUCAGUCACCUUGAUCUCAUAACUGACCCACAGGAGCUCCCUAUGUGUCCCUUGCUUGCUCUCCUGAAGGGUUUCCCCAUUCACUGCCCUGCAGCAGUUCUGUUCACAUUUCUUUGCACCUACAGAGUGGUCCCUCCAUUGAAGUGAAUAGGGAGCCUGCGGAGGUAACGCAGCACAGACCAAGUUUGGGGUAGAGCAUGUCACAUGGUCUUGAAUCAUUUGAUUAAGAACAACAACAAAGAAAGAUUUUCCAGGGCACAACUGUAUGUAAAAUGCCAGCAUCCUAAGAGCCCCCUAAGCUGUUAAACUCAAUCCUUAAUGUUUUACAUCUGAUAUCUGUUCCUUUGUUUUUGUAUCAGUCUUGUCUUACUGUCUGUGCAAAAUUUCAGAACAAGAUUUAGUGUUCUUUCUCAGUUGUCAAGAAAAUGAAUUAUGAGAGAAAAGUGAGGGUUUUGUUUGAGCUUUAAACAACCAGGGAUUACAUUAUUUUUUUCACCCACUCAAGGCACACGAUCACUGUUGAGCAUAAGCAGUCCCAUAAAACUGCAUAUUGACAGUCCCAAAAUCUCUCUGGGUUUUUGUUUUUGUUUUGCAUUUUGGCUGAUAAUUUUUCAUAGUCUUGUUGCAAUGUUAUUGUCUUCAUUUUAGUACUGUGAGUCACUCCUACCUACAGAAGAUGGCAUGUUUUAAGGCAAGACAUUGCAGUAGACUUAAACAAGAGAAUUUCCGAAUUACCAAAAUACUCAACUGCUUGCAAAAUAAAUGUGUUCUUAUCACUCAGCACUGUGGGACUUUGAGUGUGUGUGUUUAUAAUGUUCCUGUUAUUCUUGUGUGCUUUCAUCAUUAUUAAAACAAAUUGCACAUA